GCAGAACAAACCAUCAAAUGUGUCAAAAAGAAUUUGUCAAAAAUAAACACAAUUCAAAUUAGCUAUUGUUAGAAUGUUAAGAAAAAGUGAUCCUGUUAAUGAGAGGGACAACAUUUUCCACGAGUUGAUUGAGGAGUGUAAAAAUGCUGCGCCAGGUGCUAGGUUAUCGUAUCAGCUGAGAAACAAAUUGGAAAAAUUGCCUGAAGAAACCAGGAGAGAUAUUGUGAAUCGGGUUAAAGUUGGGUGUUCGCCUUUAUUUAUAUCAUGCAUGAAGGGACAAGCCGAAAUUGUAGAAUUUUUGAUUGUGAAAUGUGGUGCCAAUCUGGAACAAAGGGGUUUAUACGAAGUACAAGAAGACAGAUCCACACACAUAGUGACUCCGCUAUGGUGUGCGGCAGUAUCGGGGAUGCUCCCCGUAGUAGAAGUGCUACUACAACACAAAGCCGACAUAAACGCUGUGUCGGACACAGGCUCAACCCCCGUAAGAUCGGCAUGUUUCAUGACGCACCUGGAGAUAGUGAAAUACCUGGUGAUGCACGGGGCCGACAUAAACCGGCCCAACUACAACGGCGGAACGUGCUUGAUAAACUCCGUUCAAAGCGCCCCACUGUGUUUUUUCCUGCUGGAGAGCGGGGCGGACGUUAACGCGAGGGACAUACAGAACAAAACGGCCCUGCACUACGCGAUACAGGAACACAGACUCGAAACCACGCAGCUAUUGUUGAUGAACAAUGCCGACUACGAAGCCAAGUCGCGGUACGGCGAUGACGCCCUGCAAAUGGCGUGUCUCAAAGGGGCUGUGCAGAUUUUCAAGUAUCUAGAAACCGAAAUACGUUACCCCCCGGAAAAACUAGCCAACGCGUACGAACUAAUGGGGGCCACGUACCUAGACGAACACAACGACUUAGUCGAAGCUUUAUAUUACUGGAAAAUGGGUUUGGCUAUCAGACAACGACACAAUUUAAUGAAAAAGAGGCCCGUGAUGCCCCCCAGAGAGGGCUACAGGUACAAAAAGGAGUUCGAGACUUUCGAAGAGCUCGAGAAUAUUUCCACCGACCUGGAUGCCAUAAGAACGCAAAGUUUGAUGAUUGCCGAAAGAAUUUUGGGGCCCCAUCACAAAGACACCAUUUUUAGGUUAAUGUACAGAGGCGCCGCGUACGCUGACGUGAUGCGCUACCAGCACAGCAUCGACCUCUGGCGGCGUGCGCUGGAAAUUCGAAUAGAAAAAGACUCCAUACUAUAUACUGACACGUGUUUCACAGCGCAGGCAAUAGUGCGUUUGAUGAUCGAUUUUAACGAGAAAUCGUCGAUAUCGCAAUCCGACAACAACGCGCAACGGUUCCAGGACAUCGUGGCAACGUUUAAAAUAAUGACGAGAGAUCUGGAAGAAAUGCGCCGUCUGUUGACAAUAAGGCCGGUCUACAAAAGACAGGCGGAAUUUUUCGAUAAAGUUUUAAAAUGCAUCACGCACUUGAUUUAUCUGAUGAUAGACACCGCUAAAACGGAAGAGCAAAAAAAGACCGUCAACAAUUUGAUCACCGAUUUGGUCAGGAAAAACAUCAAAAGCGUCACCAACGAGGAUUCAAUAAUGCAUUUGUGCGUCUCAAUAAUGAACACCAUCAGAUCCAGCUAUUUUACCGACGAAGAACCCAUUAUGAUUUUCCCGCACAGGGGCGUAAUUAAGACCCUUUUGGACAUUGGGGCCCCAAUAAACGCUAAAAACGAUCACGGGUCAACUCCCUUGCACGUCGCGUCUGCGCCUUGGAAUUAUUCGGAAUGGUUGAUAAAGCUGCUGUUGAGUUAUGGCGCCCACAUAGAUCAGCCGAAUGUGUCUGGCAAUACUGCAGCUUCGGAAAUAUUAAAAAACGCUAAGAAUAAUGAGUCUGACAUUCAAAUUUUGGAUUAUAUUAAGUUGUCUUGUUUAUGUGCAACUGUAAUCACGAAAUAUCAGAUUCCUUAUAAGAAUCAACUGCCGAAAACUUUAGAGCAAUUCGUUCAAUUGCACGAAGCCAAAUAGUUGUUUCUGACUGCGUUCAUAUUACUAUUUUUUAUCACAGAAAGACUGUAUUAUUUUCACAUUAAAGCUUUAAACAGUCAUUAUUUUAUUGGACAGCUGUAUUAUACAUAUAUAAUUUUUUAUCACCCAAUUUAUUGAACUAAAUUACUACAAAAGUGAUAUUGUUUCAAUUUUCUUG